CCUUGACGUGGAGGCUGGUGUACCUCUCCGAGGAUUUGGUUAGGACUGUUCGUAAGAGGUUUAAUACGUUGUCUAAAAAGCUUUUUAUUUUUUAUUUUUUUGAGAGAGAUCGCGCACGGAAAACUACCAGGUCUGGAGUUAACAUCAGUAAAGUGAUCUGUUUGGAUAACCACACAAGCGCAGCUGCGCUCCCAGCUUUACUCCACCGAAGUUACGGGGACAGUAUACCUGAAGAGGAAGAAGAGUGGAGCAGGAUCAGAGCAGAAAACAUCUUCACUGGGCUGAGCAAGGAGAGUAAAAGACUCUGCACCAUGAAGAUCUUUCUCAGACCACUGAUGCCCUUGCUACUCUUCCUCAUCCUUCCUGAUCUUGCAUUUGCCUUCAUCUGCCCAGUACAUUGCUCCUGUUCUACUCCUGAAGCCAUUUUUUGUUUCCAGAGACGCUCCCCUACCAUUCCCAAUCCCAAGGAAGUGCACCAUUCUAUAAAAAACUUCUACCUGUUUUCCAAUGGGAUUGAAACCAUUACAGCUCAGGACUUUGAUGGUCUACACCACCUAGAAAUGCUGGACCUCAGUCAAAACAAACUGACCCAACUUCCUGAUAGGGUGUUUGAACCUUUGACUUCUUUGAAAAACCUGGAUUUGUCAUCCAACCAGAUAACCCACAUUUCAAAGGAAUGCUUUCAUGGUAUGGCUCAGCUUGAACGGCUUUAUCUGUACAGUAAUCAAAUUAAGGCCAUCCAUCCUACAGCCUUUAAUGGACUGGAGCACCUGCUGGAACUCAAACUGCAGGGUAACAUGUUGACAUCUCUACCUACCCUCUCUAUGCCCCAAUUACUGCUGUUGGACCUUCGUUUUAAUGUUUUACCCAGUUUGGGCCCUUCAGAUCUCCAGACCCCAAACCUGGAGUCACUCAAAUUGGGUGGUGUGGGGCUCACUAGCCUGAACAAGGAACUCAUAGGUAGUCUGAAGAAUCUCCAUGAGCUGGACAUUUCAGAAAACCAACUUAAGUCUUUCCCAUCAGCACUAAAGGAGACCCCAGGGCUGUUCUCUCUAAGCCUGGCUGGGAACCCAAUGGGUCCUUUAAAGGCGGAGGACAUGCAGAACCUCAAGGAGCUACAUGAGUUAGACAUUAGCAGUCUCAGUCUACAAGGCCUUCCUGAAGAGCUCUCUCAGCUCUUCUCCCAUCUGAGAAAGCUCACAGUAGCAGAAAAUCCCUUCAAUUGCCUCUGCAACUUAGCUUGGUUCCCAAGAUGGCUCAGAGCACAAAGCAUUACCUUGGAGAGAACAGAAGAGACCCGCUGCCAUUUCCCUCCUGUCAAUGCUGGAAAGGUAUUGGAAAGAUUGGAGCACAGAGAUUUUGGCUGUCCCACCACAACUACAGUCACCACAAGUACUGUCAAAACUACUACUACUACACUCUCUGUUCCUGUCACUACCUUCCCAACUACUACUAGAGUAAUUCAAGUCCCAAGAGCUAGUGACAACCCAGCUGACAAGGAGGACUUUCCCUUACCCCCCGUCCCUGUAUCCACCAGCACCAGCAGCAGCAUUGACCCAGAACUGCAUUUCUGUCCCCCUCACACCUGUUUGAAUGGUGGUACUUGUCAUCUGGACCAGAAUGGUCAAGUAGAAUGCACCUGUUCACAUGGAACCUCUGGCAUGUAUUGUGAAGUCCAAAACCCUUCUCCACCUUCAUUACCUCCAGCUGAACCUCCCAAGGCAACAGUUACUUCAGACCCACCAGAAAUCAGCUCCCAUCAAGCAACUGCAACUUCAAUCCUGCUUGACCUCCAUCGCUACAUUGAAAUGAGGCCUUACAUCCGUGGAAUCCGCCUGACCUAUCGCAAUCUGUCUGGGCCGGAUCGCAGACCAAUUCAACUGAGCCUCCCAGCAUCCUUUCCAGAGUAUAGACUUAGAGGUCUGAAUCCCAACUCCACCUACACUGUGUGUGUCAGUCCAUUAGGCUCCCCCAGUGGUAUAGACAGCAUCUGCACUGAGGCUAAUACAGCUCCGGAAAGCACAAGGGGCCCUGAUGCAAGGUCUGAGAGCCCAAAGAUUACUACUAUGCUGGUGCCUGCAACUGCUAUCUUGCUACUUCUGAUGCUGAUAGCAGUAGCAGUGGGAGUAGUAUGCUAUCUACGCAGAAAGAAGGCCAAGGGCCACCUGGACCUUGACUGUGAGCCGCCCCAACUAGAGUUGGAUGGUGUUAAAGCAGGUUUAGACAAUGUGUCACUGCCUCACAAACAGCCCCAACUUGUGAUACCUGAACCUGCUGUUCAAAAUGGUAAUCUGGAAUAUGAGGUUUUGUUAGUACAAGAUAACAGUACAUCAAAUAACAAUAUGUCUUCACACAAGCCUUCAUACUUUUAACAGCUGGCACUGACAACUGACAUUACGAGGAUUUUUCGUUUCCUCUUCUCUGUCCGUCCAAGUGGAAUACAAAGAGCAGAAACUGUUGCUUGAAAGUGGACACCGUAACAGCCGGCCACCAGCAAAGACAUUAAUUUAAGUCACUGCCCUUUGUUUGUCCAAGUAGACAUUAAACAAGUUCAAAAACAUUUGUUUGGACUUUUGAAAGCACCAAAAGUGCUUUAUUCCACAUGCUGCAUCCUGCUACAAUAAUAUUUUCCUAAUGAACUUCAUCUGACAUGCUGUGAUGCUGGGACUGAUGGUGUGUUGUCAUUGGCUGAACUUUGGGGCUAAGAGACAUGAUAAGCUCGUGGCUUCCUUCAUGUGUACUGUCUGUGCACUAAAGUGGACUUUAAUUGCCUUUUUCCUUCUCGGUAACCCAAUUCAACAGUCGUUUUUGCUGCACUGUGGAACGCCAAUGUGCUACCCCAAAGGGAUCAGUGCAUGCUGUGAAUGACCUUUUUGACACCAAAUGAAGUUGUGCAAAGAAAAAAUAUGAUGCUUGAUUGCUUUAUUUGGAUCAAAGACUUUGUUUUAUAUGUAUGUUUUUGUAUGUUUCUUUGUGAUUUUUUUUAUUUUAUUUUAACUGUUCAACAUUGUGAAUGUUAAAACCCCUCAAUACUCUCUACCCCACCUCUUGUGACUAACAGACAAAACAGCAGAUUAAAAUCUUUGAAGAUUUAAACUCAUUUGGUACCAGUAAAGUCAGUCAAAGGGCUUUGCCCCCAGAAUGUCAGACAGUCUAAGUAGAUGUGAGUCUGGACUGACUCGAGACUAAAUCCCCCUUCUCCACACUGAAGCCCUUAGUGUGCUUUGUCAUCACAAAGGGAGAAGGGAAGUAGGAUUAUGACAGGGUACAGAGGGAAUCAGUUGACUGAACCCCUUCUUAUUUACUGUACAGUGCACUGUAUUUCAAACAUUCUAAAAUUUGUCUUACAGUAAAUACCUAAACGAUUACAAAACAGCAAAAUAAAUCUUCAGAGGCUUUAUUUAUUGUAUAUAUUCCCUGUAAGGGAAAGUGUGUUGUCCCACAACCACAAUUCAAAUACACCACAUCACUCAGCCUGGCUGAAACAAGUAAAGCAAAUAGUGGAAUAGUGAAAUUGUGUAUUGUGCUUCUCUUGAGUAAAAAUAACCUGCUUGAUGACGUGCUAUGCACAAUCUUACAUUGGCAAGGAAGGCCCCUGUUUUGCUUGCUUGUACCUAGAAAGACUAUGAAAAGCCAGAUGCACUGUUCUGUUGAGGAAAAAAGGAACACAGUGCUAAAAUCUGUGAAUAUACCACAAAGGAGUUAAGUAGUAUGUUUGUGUGUGAGUAUGUAUGUGUGUAGAUCUUUUAACCUCUGUGAUGAUGCAAGUACAUGUUCUGUCUUGUGCAGAAACCAGCAGACAUCAAGUUACCAUCAGUUUCUCCCUUAAUAUACCCACAUGCCUAUGAGUACUUAAAGCCCCAACAAUUCUAUCUAUGAGGAAACACACCAAAGAGUUAUGUGAAUACCAAGUUGCACACAGUAUUUCCAGCUCACAAUUUAAAUUUCCCUCCCAGCAAAUGCCUUUAAAUCACAUAAUGCAACUGGAAUAUUUGUCUGCAAAAUAGAAUACAUUGAGGAUAACCAAAAGUAUUUUCAAUGUGAUUGUUAAUUUUUCCCUGUUUAUUUUGGGAAACUCUUAUUUGUUGUUGUCGUUUCUUUUUUUUUUAUUUUGUGAACAUAUUUGUAUAAAUGGAAAAAGUGAUAUUAUUAAAUGAAAAUACAAAAGUAAAUAAUACUGUUUGC